AUGUGCGUCACACGCGCGUGUCUGUCGGUAUCCCAGCUUCUCUUUGCUGAUGAUAUCCUUUUCUUCUGUAAGGCGGAGUCCUGUGAAUGUGAAAAAGUAAUGAGAGUAGUGAGAAAAUAUGGCAAAGCAUCAAGUCAAUGUAUCAACUUUGAUAAAUCGUCCUUACUCUUUGGUAAGCGGAUUAAUGCAACUAUUAGACAAGAGAUAAAAGAUGCACUUGGAAUACAGAACGAAGGAGGAAUGGGAACUUACUUAGGUAUCCCAGAAGACAUAAGUGGAUCCAAGUGCAAACUUUUUGCAUUUCUAAAGGUUAAGUUGAUGCAUAGAGUGAAUGGAUGGACAGGUAGAUGGCUCCAAAAAGGAGGGAAAGAAGUGAUGAUUAAAUCCAUUUUGUUCGCUCUUCCGACAUACGUUAUGUCUACUUUCCUGCUCCCAUUGGAGAUAUGUGAAAACCAGCCAGUGCCAUUGCCCAAUUCUGGUGGAAAUCCACCAAAAAGAGGAAUACACUGGGUGAAAUGGAAAAAAGUUUGUUUACCAAGAGAGGAGGGUGGGAUUGGUUUCCGUAUGAUCCAUGAGUUCAGUGUGGCACUACUGGCAAAACAACUAUGGAGACUAGUUCAAUUUCCUGAUUCUUUGGUUGCCCGGGUUUUGAGGGGAAGAUACUAUAGAUUGAGUUCUCCACUAAGAGUAAACACUGCUAGCAGCCCAUCCUAUGUGUGGACAAGAAUUUCUGGUGCAAGGAAGUUGUUAUUACUGGGAAUCAGACAUAAGAUACAUUCAAGUUAUGAAGUCAAGGUAUCGAAGGAUUGGGAUGUUGGUCUAUUGGAAAACUACGUCAAUAUUGAGGACAUACCACUCAUAAGGAGUUUGGCCAUAAGCUCAACUCAUCGUCGUGAUACAUUGCUGGAACUACAAAAGAAAUGA